GACAGCUCGAGCUCCUCUCUGGGGGGGGCAGCGCCAGUCCCGCGCGUGGAGCGGAGCCCACCUGACCUCAGCCGAGCGGCACGCGACCAACGGUCAGUCAGUCAGAGAGAGAGAGAGCGCGCGCGCGCGCGAGCGAGAGGAGGGGAUGAGACGACGAUGGCCGCACCGCCAACCAAGAGUGAGACGGUGGCGCCCGAGGAGCACGAGGUGCGGCGGGUCCUGGGCUCCAUUCUGAAGGAAUUCAAAGGUGCCCUGGGCCCCGAGGAUCCGUUGCCCGAGCCCUGCCGGCGGAGCGCCGGGCUGAGCCGGGAGGAGGUGGAGGGGGAGUGCAUCCAGGCCGGGCUCAAGCUGCUGCUGGAGCGAAAUGUGCCACCAGUCCUUGCUGCAGCUUUAAUCCAAGCCACUAUUGCUCAGGUGCUACAGUUUGAUCUCUCCGUAUUUAGAAGGAAAGGAGAAUCUCAACAUGAUGAAGAGGCGAUUGUCUUGCUGCAGCAAGAACCACUGGCUCGAUUAUUCUUCAAUAAGUGUUUCGAAGUUUGCUGUGAGUGGAAGAAGCGACCUCCUUUGCUGUAUACACCAAAACGCUACUUAAAGAUUUCUGUUCACGCUAUCCGCGGAGGAAGGAGGAAGAUGGAGGACCGACACGUAGUCCUGUCUGAGUUUGACCCUCUUUUUGGCAUUACAGAUAAGGAAGAGAGAGCUUAUUUCGCUGUGUUUGAUGGACAUUGUGGAGUAGAUGCAGCAGGUUAUGCUGCAACACAUCUUCAUGUCAAGCUUGCACGUCAGGAACUGUUGCUGGCACAGCCAGCUGAGGCGUUGAGGAAGGCUUUCAAACAAACUGAUGAGAUGUUCCUUCAGAGAGCGAAGAGAGAGAGGCUACGCAGUGGCACAACUGGUGUCUCCGCCUUAGUGGUUGGUGAUUCCCUGCACGUGGCUUGGCUGGGGGACUCUCAGGUGAUGAUGGUGCGCAAGGGAGAGGUCAUGACCCUUAUGGACCCACACAAGCCAGAGCGAGAGGAUGAGAAGCAGCGAAUUAAAGAGCUUGGUGGUUGUGUGGCGUUUCUGGAUUGUUGGCGGGUGAACGGGACUCUUGCUGUAUCCAGAGCAAUUGGGGACAUUGAUCAAAAACCUUACAUUUCGGGGGAUGCAGACAGUGCUUCAUUCACAUUGGAUGGCACAGAGGACUAUAUUGUUCUUGGCUGUGAUGGCUUCUUUGAUACAGUUGAACCUUCUAAGGUCGUGGACCUUGUGCGAGAGCACUUACAGGAGAGUGCAGGUGAUGGCAGUGAAAUUGCAAAAAAACUUGUAGAAGCGGCAAAAGAAAAUGGCUCGAGGGAUAAUAUCACAGUAAUCCUGGUCUUCCUGCGGGAACCAGUGGCCAUUUGGCGUGAUAGUGACUGUCACAGAGGCCAUGAGAAGGCAGAUCACCUUAGUGGGUUAUUCCAAGCUGGACUUUGAAACAUUUCCACCACAAUUCCUUCUGAACUGUCGGCAAUAACCAGCGAGCAAAGGGUCAGACCAACUGAUGAUACUUACUGGAGAUCAGAUAACAGUGUUACAUUCAGGGAGAAUGUUUUUUUUUUAGACAAAUCACACCAAAGAACUGGAGGGGGUGGAGUAUUCUGUGUUGAGAUGUCAAUUAAGCAGUGGGAUUGUUUUGCCAAGCUUGGGGGUGCAUCUGCCAAACUAAUCUUUUUAUCAACCAUUCAAUCCAAAGACACCUGCAUAAGCUUUAUUGAUGAGUGGCAAUAGUCAGUAUUUGAGGACGCAAGAAACGUCAU